GAACUCCGUCUGUCUGCAGAGAGGCUUCGGCAUGGAUGGCAGCUUCUCUUCCACCAACUUUUCACCGGAGAUUUUAAACCGYCCGCUUUUCGUUUUAGUCCGCUUGUAUGACUUGGAAAUGGGUUUGUGAGCGGAGUAAGCCAAACUUGAGUUAGACAGAGUGUUUAAAAUCUUUUUGUUUCCUUCUUGGUUCGAGUUGUUUUAAAGGAAAAAAGAGGUGAAAAUGCCAGUUGCAACUCUUCUGCCUUUCACCGCUCCGCCAAAUAGGAAGUCUGCCAGCCCGACUUCUUUCAGGCUGACAGAGAAAUUUAUUCUUCUCCUGGUGUUCAGCGCCUUCAUCACCCUGUGUUUCGGGGCUAUCUUCUUCCUCCCGGACUCGUCGAAGCUACUCAGCGGAGUUUUCUUCCGCUCCCCCGCGGUGGAGACAAACACCCGCACCGGUCCGGAGAGCAGCUACUCCGGCUCGGCUGGAAGCGACGUCCGGGUCCUGGCCAAGAUCAAGAAGGACCACGAAAAUGCGCUGCUGGAGGCCAAGGACACGCUCCAAAAGCGACCCGAGGAGAUACAAUGGGACAUAUCAAAAGACAAGAAACUUAUCAUUGCGGGUCAGGCUGAGAAUGAUGUGAAUAAAAUACCACCCAUUGAAUAUCACCGUCCGCCCGGAGCGACGGGACACGAACCGCUGGACCCCGAAACUAAGGAGAGACGGGCUAAAAUCAAAGAGAUGAUGAAGCACGCCUGGGACAGCUACCAGCGCUACGCCUGGGGUUCCAAUGAGCUCCGGCCGGUCUCCAAGCAGGGCCACUCCAGCAAUCUAUUCGGGAGUAUACAAGGUGCAACAAUAGUGGACGCUCUGGAUACGCUCUACAUCAUGGAAAUGUUUGAGGAGUUUGAGGCUGCCACAGAUUGGGUGGAGAAAAACCUGGACUUCAAUGUGAAUGCAGAAGUUUCUGUGUUUGAGGUGAACAUCAGGUUUGUUGGAGGUCUGCUGUCUGCCUACUACCUGUCUGGGAAAGAGGUGUUCCGCAGGAAGGCGGUGGAGCUGGGUGAAAAGCUGCUGCCAGCCUUCAAAACGCCCACAGGCAUCCCCUGGGCUCUGCUCAACCUCAAGAGUGGUGUGGGUAGGAACUGGCCCUGGGCUUCAGGCGGCAGCAGCAUCCUGGCAGAGUACGGCACCCUCCAUCUGGAGUUCAUGCACCUCAGCAAACUCUCCGGAAACCCAGAGUUUGCUCAAAAGGUAAUGAACAUCAGGAAAGUGCUGAACCGUUUGGACAARCCACAGGGACUUUAUCCGAACUACCUGAACCCGAACAGCGGCCAGUGGGGCCAACAUCACGUGUCUGUGGGUGGCCUGGGCGACAGCUUCUAUGAGUAUCUGCUCAAGGCCUGGCUUAUGUCCGACAAGACCGACGAGGAAGGGAAGAAGAUGUACUACGAUGCCCUGCAGGCGAUAGAAACCAACCUGAUGAGGAAGUCGAGCAGCGGGCUGACCUACAUAGCCGAGUGGAAGGGCGGGCUGCUGGAGCACAAGAUGGGCCACCUGACGUGUUUCGCCGGCGGCAUGAUCGCUCUGGGCGCCGACGGGGCCCCCGGUGACAAGACGGGCCACCAGAUGGAGCAGGCGGCGGAGAUCGCUCGCACCUGCCACGAGUCGUACGCCAGGACAGCGCUGAAGCUCGGUCCGGAGGCGUUCCGCUUCGACGGCGGCGUCGAGGCCAUCGCGACCCGACAGAACGAGAAAUAUUUCAUCCUGCGCCCGGAGGUCAUCGAGACCUACAUGUACAUGUGGAGAUUCACCCACGACCCCAAGUACAGAGAGUGGGGCUGGGAGGCUGUCCAGGCCUUGGAGAAGCACUGCCGACUAGAAGGAGGCUACAGCGGCGUGCGGGACGUCUACGCCUCGUCUCCGAACCACGACGACGUGCAGCAGAGCUUCUACCUGGCCGAGACGCUAAAGUAUCUGUACCUGCUGUUCUCUGACGACGACCACCUGCCGUUCGAACACUGGGUGUUCAACACCGAGGCUCACCCUCUGCCCGUCAUCAGGAAGGACAAGACAGACACGCCCAACGAAGUGGAGUAGCCUCCCAGUGACCUCUGACCCUGUAUAUCUGAGCCUCCUGCUGGCGACAGGUUCCUCCUUGUCGGAUUUUGAUUUUUUUUUUUUUCUUAUAAACUGGAUCUGUUCUGGUUUUAUCUGAUUUGUUUUUGUUUUACUUUGAAUCUUUUUGCAAUCACUGAUCUCCGGUUGGGCCGGAUCCGGAGCAGCUUUUUUAAACCGGAAUCAUGAGAACUUCCUGCUUGGAUGGGAAACGGCAGAGAUAAUCGGCUGCUCUUCGUCCGGUCGCGUUUUUUAUCAGGAUGUUUGUCUUGUUUUUUCUCUGUGAGGGUGAAACCAGGCGGCUCUGUGAAUUAAAGACGUUUGGGCGCAAAAACCCCUCAGCUCCGACUGACGGGGGCGACGAAGUGACACGGCGAGCGCAAAGACUCCCGCCUCACUUCCUGUUUCCUUUUGGCUGCUUGAGGAUCCGUUUGGUUGGAGAAACACUGGGAUUUCCUUUUUUAAUGUUUUCAUCUAUCUAAAUCAUGCCUCGUUCAUAUCUGCCAGUAAAUUCAGCUGGUUUUCUUUGACCAGCUGUUUGCUCACAUUUCCAUCAGUUUGACCAGGACAGGGAUUUAAAAACUGAUAUUUCUUCCUAACUUGAUUGUUUUUGCCUUUUUUUCCUGUGAAAAUUGGUUUGAUUUUAGGUUUAAUGACCUCAGACUUGAAUACUUUUUUAAACCGGUGAACUAAAAUUACUUUUUGAUGGAUUUUGGAGCAGUUUAAAUUGUCAGGGAGCUUUAUUUUAUUUUUUAUUUUAUUUUUUUUAUUUUCGGAUGCAUGAAAUAUCGGAAUUGGCCCGAUAUUAAUAACCGAUGUGACGGAGAUGAUGCAGAGGAUUCUGGGAUAUCGGUUGUUCUUUCAUUGUCAGAAAUGUGGGAAAAUAUCCAUUCUAUUGAUAUCGGAUAUCAAUAUCGGCCCAAAUUUUGAAAUCGGUGCCUCCACUGAGACCCUGCACAUUUACGCUGCUGUUCCAGAGUUCACAUCCACUCAUCUGAAUGAACUUUAAGUGAUCGUUUUAGUUCCUUAAGACUCAUUUAAAGUGUCGAGAAAUUUUCACAAUAAAUGAUAAAACGACCAGCCCACUGGGAAUUAUCCCAGCAAACCCGAUUAGCCUGUUUGUUUUGAUCAAAAUCUGGUAUCGGAUGUAAACAAACAGCCACUCGGGCUUCGCUGGUCUUUGUACAUGUCUGACCCUGUGAUUAAAGGAGGUUUUUAAUCUUUCUGCUCUGCAGAGCGGAGAUUUAAAUGUAGCUAAAGUUGGUAUUGAUGAGUGGAUGUAACCUUCCUCUCUUCUUCUUCUGUUCUCCGCCAGGCAGGCUGCAGGAUCUUCUCUCCUCUGUGAGGAAAUGCAGGAACUCAACUUUGCUCUCUAAGCUCCACCUUCAGUCACAUUGAAGCCAUACUGACGUAGCGCAGCUUUUACCAUUUACGUUGUCGUUUACAUCMCGUUUAAUUUAUCUGUUUUUUUCCCCCGGAMCCGCAGAGACGGAGCCAGAUUUCAUCCAGUUUAGUCUUUAAUCUAGUGCCUUCGCUGGUAAAAACAGGAGUUUUAGCUCACAUGAACACAAAGAAGGGAUUUUUUAGCAAAGACUCUCAGCUUUAAGUAUGUUCCCAUCCUUCAGAUGAAGAUUUAACCAAAAGGCAACACGAAUAAAAGGAUUACCACUCCUUUCUGAGGAAAAUCCAUCUGAAGUAGGAGAUCAGAUGCUUUAUUCCCUCUUCAGAGUGAAAAGUCUUGAUUUCCUGGGCUGCAGUGACACCUAGUGGUGGCAGAUUGCUGCUGCGCUGCCUGAAUCUUGGUCCAAAUGACUGCAGACUGUGAAAUUAGCUGUAUUAUAAAGUAAUUACCAAUCACAAUGUGCAAGGCUCGCAGAUCUUUCUCUCGUCUUGCCAGAUGAUGAUGUUGGAGGCGGCGGAUCAAAUUCAUCAGCCGAGUUUUAGAGCAGACAGACGGCGAGUCGCGUCGACGCCGGAGAUUAUUUAUCUGAGGUUUUAAAAACAUCUGUCUGACCUUUUCAUUUUGGCCAAAACACAGAAAAAAAGUUUAAAAACGCAGGCAGGUUUUUCCUGGACGCUUAGGAAAAAGGAUUUAUUGAUUUUUAUUUCCUGAAGAAAUA